UCAUAAAUUGAAAUAUCAUGCCUAUUUGAACUUUAACAACUAAUAUAUAUAUAUAUAUUAGUUAUCAAAGAAUGCCCUGCCAGACCCUCACCAUUGCAUUAGAAGAUUGAAUUCUCUGGACUCUCAACAAAUGGCUCCCACGAAUGGAAAAUGGACUAAGAUCGAUCAAAAGACCGCAGGCCCAGGCGCAAGAAGCUCUCACGCCAUCACAAUCGUAGCCCAAAAGGCCUACGCCUUCGGCGGCGAAUUCUCCCCCCGAGUCCCCGUCGACAACAAACUCCACGUCUUCGACCUCCACGAACACAUCUGGACGGUCGCCGUCGUCUCCGGCGAUGUCCCUCCGCCACGCGUUGGCGUCACGAUGGCCUCUGUCGGCCGAAUCAUUUACGUCUUCGGCGGUAGGGAUUCAGAGCACACGGAGCUAAACGAGCUCUACUCCUUCGACACAUCCAACAGCAAAUGGACUCUCCUCUCCGGCAGCGACUCCGGACCACCACAUCGGAGCUACCACUCCACCACGGCCGACGACCGCCGCGUAUACAUCUUCGGUGGGUGCGGGAACUCCGGCCGCCUCAACGACUUGUGGGCUUACGAUACAGUAGAUGGAAAAUGGAUGGAGUAUCCGGCAGGAGGGGAAAGGUUAAAGGGUCGAGGUGGGCCGGGCCUGGCUGUGGCCCAAGAUAAAAUAUGGGUUGUGUACGGAUUCGCGGGUAUGGAAAUGGACGACGUUCACUAUUUCGAUGUGGCCCAAAACCAAUGGGCCCAAGUUGAGACUAGCGGGGAAAAGCCGACGGCUAGGAGCGUGUUCUGCACGUGCGCGAUUGGGAAGUACGUGUAUAUAUACGGUGGGGAAGUGGACCCCAGUGAUCUGGGGCACUUGGGGGCCGGGAAGUUCGCGGGAGAGGUUUACGUGUUGGACACGGAGGCGUUGGAGUGGAGUAGAGUGGAAGAUGGGCUGGGCAUGGAGAAUCACCCUGGGCCGAGGGGUUGGUGUGCGUUUUCUGUGGGCCGGAAUGGAGAGGAAUUGGGCCUUCUAGUUUAUGGGGGUAAUUCCCCGAGCAAUGAUCGACUGGGGGAUAUCUACUUUUUUGCUCCGUGUGAGUGAGAAAAUGGUGAAUCAUGUUGGUGAUUUGAUGAUAGGUGAUGGGAUUUUCUUUUUUAUGAGUUAUAUUGGCCUUUUUGGAAUAAAAGGCUAAAAUGUUAAUAUAGAUGGAGGGAGAGGGUGUGAUGAGAGAGGAGUUUAAUGAGUGAUAAUGUUGGCGAAUAUAAAAAUAAGAGGAGUGAUUAUAUAUUGUGUAUUUUGCAUAAUUAUAAUGCAGUAAAUUGGUGGUAAUUUACCUUUUUAAUU